GCUUCUCAUUGUAUCAACCUCGUGAAGAUGCUGGUCAGAGGCUUGCUUCCCCUGUGAUUCUGUUUCUCAUCAGCACGUUGGCAGUUGAACUUAAGCAGCACAGGUGACAAAGCACCACGUAGUGCUGGAAUUAAGGCACCAGAAAUGGACUUUCUCAGGCCAGAGUUACUGUAAAUAAGUGGUAAGUGGGUCCUAGCUCUCAAGGCCAUGCUGUCUGUCCUGCUUCCAGUGGAUGCUGGCAGUUUUCGGUGUCCAUUGCUUGUAUUUACAAAGCUCCAUUUUUCAAGUUAUAUUUUAUUUAUUUACUUGUUAUAUGCACACACACCACACACACACACACACACACACACACACACACACACACACACACACACCACAGCAUCAAGUAGAAGCCAGAGGACAACUUGAGAGAGUUAUUUCUCUCCUACUUUGGGGGUCCUGGGAAUCAAACUCAGGUCUUAGAUUUGGUGGCAAGUACCUUUAACUGAUAAGCCAUCUUGCUGACCUAUGCAAGCUCUAUCAUAUUGUUGUUGUUGUUGUUGUUUUUGUUAUUGAUAGAAUUUAACUAUGUAGCCCUGGCUGACCUGGAAUCCACAGAACCACCUCCCUCUGCUCCCCAUGUGCUGGGGUUAGUGGCAUCCACCGCCACGCCUAGCUAAAGUUCUAAUCUUGAUGGUACAUACCUGUGAUCCCGGCACCAGGGAGGAAGAAGAGGGACUGAGACUAGAAGGCUAGCCUGUGCUACAAAGCAAGACUGUUUUGGAAAACAGAUCAAAAUUAUUAAAAAAAAAAAACCCACCUGCGAUGGGCACAUAGGCUGUCUCGAUGUUUGUGUAUCCUCACAUAUUCUCUCUGAGUGAACCUGUCUGUACCUCAUCUUCUUAAAGAAUGCCACAGCCACUGGGGCAAAGGCUGACCCCAUGAAGGCUGCCCUUGUCUAUAUCAAGUUAAAAACUCGAGUAACCUCCAGUGGGCUAGUGCUUCAGGGGGUGGCUCAUACUUGUCAAGCUUUCGUGUCAAGUCUGGGCUCGGUGCUUCAUGUGUUACCUCAUAUACUCCCUGCAACAGUCCUCCCAGGUGUAGAUUCUCUUAAGGAAACUGAAGCACAGAGAUGUUAGGAGGUUUGACCAAGGUCGCUUGGUGUGAACAAAACAGGUGGCCUAGUCUGAAGGUGAAACCUGGCGAAAUGCGUUCUUUCCCAUCAAUCAUGCUUGUCUGUUGUCAUAGUGACAGCAGGAAACCACCCUCAGGUCUGGUGCUCACAGUGGGAUCGGAACCUCAUUUCCAAGCACCCCUGUGAGGUAGAGCAAACCUCUUCUGGGCGAGCAGCCUCCCAGGGUCCUGCUGAAGGUAUGGUGCACAGGCCAUAGCUGACUCCCGACCUGGCCAGGGGGCUGCCUUUAAAUGUCCUCUUAGAGCCCACUUCCGUGUGUCUGUGAUAGUCGCCAGUAGAUGCAAGGAGCUUCGAGAAGCUCUAACAACAUGCUCUAAAUAGCCUUUAGUUUUUGGUACCGCUCUGAGUAAAUAUAGCAAGUACCAGAUGGGACUGCAGAUUUCUUAAGGAAAGAGUGGGCUCACUUUGAGUUUUCUUGAAUUAGGUGAGCUCCCACGUCCAGCUCUCCCAACGUGACUUUCUUGUGCUAUUAAAGGGUGAGUGGAGCUUUAGGCACUCAGAGCACUUCUUCGGGUCAGUUCAAAAGGCUGAGUGUGUACUGGAUGUUUUGUGCAGAAGGAAGUCUCUCUUGCUAGGGAUUCACAAAGUUCAUGGCUGCUUUGUCAUUGUUCAUGUAUUAGUAUUCUUCCCUUAACAUACAGAGUCAGGCCCUUUAAAACAUUUUUUUUAACGUUUACUAGUUUGUAUAUGCGUGGGUGUGUAGGUGCCACGGUGCAUGUGUGGAAGUCACAGGAUGACUUCUGAGUCUACUCUCUCCCACCACGUAGGGCCCAGGGGUGGAACUUAGGUCACCAGACCUGGUGGCAGGUGUCUUUACCCACUGAGUCACCUCGGUGGUGGUCCAUCCUUACUGUUUUUAACACGUGCUUUGGCUGCCUUAAGAUCCCAGUUGGUUGUGAAGCCAUGGCAGGCUCCUUAGCAGGCUCUCUGAAGCUCACCCUUCAUGCCAAGGAAUAGGGAUUAUGAAAGGACCCAGAGAAAUCUGCCUGAAAAAAACCAAAAGCCUGUCUCGUUCAGAUGAGACAGCAAACUUGUGCAGUGGCCAGGGUGAUGGCCAGGGUCUGGGCUGUCCUAACUGUCUCAGAGCGUUGGUUUACAAGAUGAAAAACGGUUCAGGAAAGGAAAUGGUGGUUGGCACAUAGCAGCGCUAAAAAGGUAAACUUGGUAAGUACAGGAGGGCGUUCUGCAUCUGUAUCUCUGUGUAUCCCCAUCACAGACCCUGUCACCGCUUUACAACAGUGGCCAGAGUGAUGAUAGUCACAUUUGCUCAAAGGCCAGGAGUGAAGCUCAUCUUCCUACACUGUGCACGUGUACAAUCACACUCCACACAUGUACAGUUAUACUCCACACAUGUACAGUUACACUCCACACAUGUACAGUUAUACUCCACACAUGUACAGUCAUACUCCACACAUGUACAGCCACACUCCACAUAUGUACAGUCACACUCCACACAUGUACAGUUACACUCCACACAUGUAUAGUUAUACUCCACACAUGUACAGUUACACUCCACACAUGUACAGUCACACUCCACACAUGUACAGUUAUACUCCACACAUGUACAGUCAUACUCCACACAUGUACAGCCACACUCCACAUAUGUACAGUCACACUCCACACAUGUACAGUUACACUCCACACAUGUAUAGUUAUACUCCACACAUGUACAGUUACACUCCACACAUGUACAGUCACACUCCACACAUGUACAGUUAUACUCCACACAUGUACAGUCAUACUCCACACAUGUACAGCCACACUCCACAUAUGUACAGUCACACUCCACACAUGUACAGUUACACUCCACACAUGUAUAGUUAUACUCCACACAUGUACAGUUACACUCCACACAUGUACAGUCACACUCCACACAUGUACAGUUAUACUCCACACAUGUACAGUCACACUCCACACAUGUACAGCCACACUCCACAUAUGUACAGUCACACUCCACACAUGUACAGUUACACUCCACACAUGUAUAGUUAUACUCCACACAUGUACAGUUACACUCCACACAUGUACAGUCACACUCCACACAUGUACAAUCACACUCCACACAUGUACAGUCACACUCCACAUAUGUACAGUUAUACUCCACAUAUGUACAGUCACACUCCACACAUGUACAGUUACACUCCACACAUGUACAGUUACACUCCACACAUGUACAGUUAUACUCCACACAUGUACAGUCACACUCCACACAUGUACAAUCACACUCUACACAUGUACAGUCAUACUCCACACAUGUACAGUCACACUCCACACAUGUACAGUCAUACUCCACACAUGUACAGCCACACUCCACAUAUGUACAGUCACACUCCACACAUGUACAGUUACACUCCACACAUGUACAGUUAUACUCCACACAUGUACAGCCACACUCCACACAUGUACAGUCAUACUCCACACAUGUACAGUCAUACUCCACACAUGUACAGUCAUACUCCACACAUGUACAGUCAUACUCCACACAUGUACAGUCAUACUCCACACAUGUACAGCUACACUCCACAUAUGUACAGUCAUACUCCACAUAUGUACAGCUACACUCCACACAUGUACAGUCACACUCCACACAUGUACAGUUAUACUCCACACAUGUACAGUCAUACUCCACAUAUGUACAGUCAUACUCCACACAUGUACAGCCACACUCCACAUAUGUACAGUCAUGCUCCACAUAUGUACAGCUACACUCCACAUAUGUACAGUCACACUCCACACAUGUACAGUCUUACUCCACACAUGUACAGUCACACUCCACACAUGUACAGUUACACUCCACACAUGUACAGUUAUACUCCACACAUGUACAGUCACACUCCACACAUGUACAAUCACACUCCACACAUGUACAGUCAUACUCCACACAUGUACAGUCAUACUCCACACAUGUACAGUCAUACUCCACACAUGUACAGCCACACUCCACAUAUGUACAGUCACACUCCACACAUGUACAGUUACACUCCACACAUGUACAGUCAUACUCCACACAUGUACAGUCACACUCCACACAUGUACAGUCACACUCCACACAUGUACAGUCAUACUCCACACAUGUACAGUCAUACUCCACACAUGUACAGCCACACUCCACAUAUGUACAGUCAUACUCCACAUAUGUACAGCUACACUCCACAUAUGUACAGUCACACUCCACACAUGUACAGUCACACUCCACACAUGUACAAUCACACUCCACAGUGUACAGUCACACUCCACACAUGUAUAGUUAUACUCCACACAUGUACAGUUACACUCCACACAUGUACAGUUAUACUCCACACAUGUACAAUCACACUUCACAGUGUACAGUAUACUCCAUACAUGUACAGCCACACUCCACAUGUGUACAAUCACACUCUACAGUGUACAGUUACACUCCACACAUGUAUAGUUAUACUCCACAUGUGUACAAUCACACUUCACACAUGUACAGCUAUACUCCACACAUGUACAGCUAUACUCCACACGUGUACAGCUAUACUCCACACAUGUACAGCUAUACUCCACACGUGUACAGCUAUACUCCACACGUGUACAGCUAUACUCCACAUGUGUACAGCUAUACUCCACACGUGUACAGCUAUACUCCACACGUGUACAAUCACACUUCACACAUGUACAGCUAUACUCCACACGUGUACAGCUAUACUCCACGCAUGUACAGCUAUACUCCACGCAUGUACAGCUAUACUCCACACAUGUACAGCUAUACUCCACACGUGUACAGCUAUACUCCACAUGUGUACAGCUAUACUCCACACGUGUACAGCUAUACUCCACACGUGUACAAUCACACUCCACAGUGUACAGUCACACUCCACACGUGUACAAUCACACUUCACAGUGUACAGUACACUCCAUACAUGUACAGUCACACUCUACACGUGUACAGCCACACUCCCCAUGUGUACAGUGUACAGUACUUUGCAUGUGUACAGUGCAAAGAUAAUUUGUACAAAAUUUGCUUUGUCUUGGCUUUUUUUUUAAGAUCAAAUAACUGUUCUUUGGCAAACAGCAAAAAUACCUCUGACUCAACUGUGUUUGUGAAGGGCCAUGUUAGCGCCCUGUUUGUGAAGAGCUAUGCUAGUGCUCUGAGCUACUGUUAGCCAGCGCAUGCCGAUGCUAAUACUCCAAAACCUUUUUUGUUUUUCAAGACAGAAUUUCUCUGUGUAGCUCUGGCUGUCCCGGAAAUUGCUUUGUAGACCAGGUUAUCCUUGAACUCAUAGAGAUCUGCCUGCCUCUGCCUUCUGAGUGCUGGGAUUAAAGGUGUGCACCACCAUGCCCACCUCAAAAAUCUUUAAAGAAUGUAUGCAUGUAUGUAUGUAUGCAUGCAUGUAUGUAUAUAUAUGAGUGUUCUAAUUGCACGAAUGCCUGCAUUGCAGAAAAGUGCAUCAGAUCCCUUUAUAGAUGGCUGUAAGUCACCAUGUAGUUGCUGCAACCUUUGGAAGAAUGACCAGUGUUCUUAACUGCUGAGCCGUCUUUUCAGCCCCUCAAAAAUGGUUUUUAAAGCCAUGAAAUUUGGUCCGGAGAGAUGGCUCUGUGGUUAAGAUUAUUCGUUACUCUUGUAGAGGACCAGGGUUCAAUUCCCAGCACCCACUUAGUGGCUCACAACCAUCUGUAAUCCCAGUUCAAGGGGAUCCAACAGACACACACAUGGCACUCAUACAUGCAUACAGGCAAACCAUUCAUACACAGAAAGUAAAAUAAACAAAUCUAAAAUAAAGCCGGGAAAUUUACUCAGCAACACAAGUAAAACACAAGUAAGUUAAGAUCAGUUGUAGUGGUAUAGAUGAGACAUGUCUCCCAAAUGCUGAAGAAGUUCAACACUUAGUGUCACCCCCACACUAGUGAGGGUGUUUGGGGGAGGUCAUGGAAGCUUUAGGUGGUAGAGUCUUGCUCACUAGAGGUGAACUUUUAGUGUUUAUAGCUUGGCCCCACUAUCCGGUUGUCACUUUGCUUCUAAUGUGUGUGUGAGAUGUGAUCUCUCAGCCUCCUGUUCCCACUGCCACACCUCUGUCAUCAUUACAGACAUCUAGCCUUCUGGAACUGAACGUAAAAAUAAAGUCCCUUAAGUUGUCUCUGGUCUUCGUGUUUUAUUGCAGCGAUAGAAGGCGGCUGGUACAUCAUUCUCCAGCAAGGUUUAAGUGAAGCUAGAAGAGGCUGACCAGGUCUUACCACAGCCUGUGGUUACCUCACAAACAUUCACUUGCUUUCUACACAAACCAAGUAAAACCGGUCUUUCCUUAGCCCGAGUUUGGCCGCGGGGAGAGGGCCUUGGUUAGUGGCCUCCUAACCUGUCCAUUGUGUAAUAUGUCAGGAACAGCUUGUGGGCAAACUAUUUCAUGAUGAGAACAGCCCAGAAAAAGAAUGGUCUUUACUCCUGAGAAGUGCAGAGCUCAGAAACAUUUUGUGCCUGGGCCAUCAGGAUCAGAUGUGCAUGAUUGGCUACGAGAAGGCACCGUUCUGGAGGUGUAAAUUUUUCUCAACCUACUUUAAUAAGGGUUCAACCUCUCCUCUAGCCCAUCACCCACCAGAGGCAGUGGAAGAGGAAAGUUAUUAGGACACAGGGGAAGUAGACUGGUUUAGAAAUAGUUCUUUGAGGGUGAGUCCAAUCUUUGUGGUCAGGAUGUCAUCGGUUCAGCCGGGUAGCAAACACUAAAUACAAAUCGGCAGCUCUAGUCCAGUCCACUCAGCCAUCACCGCACACCAGCCAGCAAGGGCAGUUCCAUCCAGAAGAAACCGCAAGGCUCACCAACCUGCCUGAGUCCGCAGAAGCAGGAAGACACCACAGAAGCCUUAGGUGGCGAGUUUCUAAGUCAUCGCCACAAGCAGAGCUCAGCAGCGCACUGUAAGCUGAACCAAUGCACGAGUGUCACUAGCGAAGGACAACAAGGCAGAGCAAACCAGUGCUCCAGCUCCCGUCGCGUGCGGGGUCAUAUCUAUAUUCCUUCUGAACGUCACGCGUCCUUUCACGGGUUUGCUACAGCAAAACAUCUGUGUCUGCUCUAGCAUGACAUCCUUUCUCCUGGGUGCCCCAGCAAAACAUCGUUUGACAUAACCGACUUUCCAAAGAAGCCAGAAGUUUCCACUUCACCCCUCUGUCAGUGAUUACUCAGAAAACAUCUGCAGAUCAGCUUCCUGGCAAGAUGACUCUUUGGGGGGGGGGGAUCCCUGCCAUCAUUGUCAGCUAGUUCAUUGCAAGAUAAAGCUCUCUGUCAGAUGCUGCUGCUGGCUUCUGUCAGACCUUGCUGCUGCUAACUGGCUUUCAUCAGACCCUGCUGCUGCCUUCCAUCAGACCCUGCUGCUGCUAACUGGUUUCCAUGUCUCUGCCCUUUACACCUGCUUCCGUGAUGAUCCCUGCUUCACCACUGGAACCCGAAACGGUAGUUCCGGAUGACCUUGAACUGAACCCGGAGCCCUAGGGAUGGAAAGUCUCAGCAUGCAUGUGGGGUGCUGUGGAACCACAGGUCGGUUUGGAGGGGUGGCCUUUCUCUGAUCCCAGUGUAUUACUAAAGUCCAGUAGAGAGGUGGGACACCAGGAACCUACCAGGGCAAGCUGGUUUGAGCAUCAGCCGAGUGAAUUUCUGAAACCCUCAACACAGUGCCUGAAGGGGAAGAGGACACUGCAACUCUGCUCUUAUUAUGGUCUGGCUUAAGAGUGACAGCCAUCUAUAGCCUAGCUUUGGGAGGGCAGAGAUGGGGUUCACUCAGAAGGAUGGCUAGCCUGGGGUAGUAAGUGGAAGAUGUUGGAUAGCUUUUCUUUCUUUCUUUUUUUUUUUUUUACAGUGUUCCCUGCAAAGGGACAGCAUCAACUGUUGCACAAGACAAUCUUUGAAGUCAGACAGACACCAUCUUCAGGAGGGCGGCUGGGCCUGUGUGCAAAAGAUCAUCACAACUGGGCUCGUUGACUUUUGGGGUUCCCUCAUUAGAGUAUCCCAGCUGGCUGUAUGCAGUUCUGCCCUGGUUGCACAUGGUUGAGGUUCAGGGAAAGGAAGGGCUGAAGUGUAGGGAGGGAGGGACUAGAGUGGGAAGCGCUGUCUAUGAUUUUGUGGGGGAGACAUCAUCCACACUGGCCACACUUUCCAGUGCGGCCUCUUUAAAGCUUCCCUUCUCCUGCCUGCAAUCUGCCCCCACCCCCUGACCUUUAUGUAAGUCUAAUAAAGUCGCUCGGCCCAAGGGUGAACUUAUUGGAACUGAACUUUGGUUUGUCACUGGGACCUUAUAAAGAAAGCGGUAGAUGUUUUGUGUCUCCGCCAAUCCCCUGCCCCUGGAGAAAGUUCCAGAACCCACAGCACCCCUGUGCUUACUGUGCUGACACCCUUCACCCUGUGGGGAGGUUUGCAUGAAUCUGUCACUGGUGAGGGAAGAAAGGGAGGGGCUGUGAAUGCUUGUGGCCAGCAGGAAGACUCACCCUCCAGCUCCCUGGGUCUCCUGCCUGGCUGCAGACACUAACUGUGCCCUGUUGGGUUCUCAGGACCCACUACUGUCAGAGUACUGUCAGAAGAUGGACCAUCUUCAUGGUUUCAGGGAGCUCCCCACCAUGUACCUGACAGCGUCCUGAUUCUCCCUUUGAAAACACAGACACUGAAGUGCUCUCCCAACUGACCCAUGAGAAUGCAACAUUUUAGAGACCCAGACCUGUGGAACAGAAAAGUCAGUAUCAUACGCCUACCCUGUCUAGGACAAGACAGGGACUCCAUGAACACUUUUCUCUGCCUUGUGUAUGUGUGCCUCUGACUUGGGACGCAUUGUUGGUCCUUUUUGACUAGACACUGUAUAAGCAGUGUACUCAGGGCAGGGGUUUUACCCCCCAGCUACCCGGGCGUGAGGUGGAGUAUAAUGGAGACCAGGGCUCAUGGGAGACUCCCUGCUCACACUGUGCAAUCCCACUAGCUGCUUUUGGGCAUUUGGGGGAGUUCGUGUCUUGGGAUUAGCUAUGAUGAGGGAUCUGUGGAUGAGGAAUGGUAUCUCGGGAACCCUCUCUGGGGAGACAUAGGCAAGUAUCUACACCUUCCUUACGUGGCAUCAGUGACAAGCCAAUGUAUGGUUCCACAAAGUCUUACUUGGCAACUAGUGGGUUUACUGGAUUUACUUACAAAGCAUGGGGGACCCCAAGGCGGUCAUCUGAAAGUCUCACUCAGCAGGACAUAGCUGUGUGAAUAGAGUUGUCAUCUGUCCCCAUCUGUUAACUGCCGACAGCCUGAACCUCCUAAGAGCACGAGGCUGCAGCAAUUAGGGAGGGGUUUAUGCACAACUGAUGUGUGCCUUUACUCUCCUGACUUGGGAGGCAGAGACAGGCAGAUCUCUGUGAGUUCGAGGCCAUCCUGGUCUACUUAGUGAGCUCAAACUCAUAGAUAUUGGCCUGCCUCUGCCUCCCAAGAUUAAAGGCAUGUGUCACCAUGCCCAGCCUGCAUAAUGUUAUUAAAUAAAAAAGUUUAAAAGAAGCUGCACGGUGGGGUUGGGGAUUUAGCUUAGUGGUAGAGCACUUGCCUAGGAAGCGCAAGGCCCUGGGUUCGGUCCCCAGCUCCAAAAAAAAAAAAAAAAAAAAAAAAGCUGCACGGUGUCUGGAGUCUGGGGGUGGGGGUGGGGGUAGUUGCCGGGCAUCAAGAUGCAUUACUGAGGCCUGAGUUGGGAAGGUUUCUGGAGUGCGUUUGCCUAUUGUGGAUUCAGGAAUUACCCCUCACCAAGACUAGGGUUUUUAAUGUGAUUAUGAAACCCAAAGAGAGUUCUAGGCAUAUGGGAGGCAUCACCACAUUCUGUCUGGGUGCAAACCAAACAGAGGGGAGAGUCUUCUGGCACAGAGACCUGGUGGUCUGUGAUUACCCCAGGAGCUCACCUGGGCACAGAGAAGUCUCACGGUCACUUGCAGAGGCCUGUGCGUCCUGUAUUGGAUGAUAGGAGUUUAGCUUGGUAGAGCAGGAAGGAAGGUUGGUUUCUGUCCCUGGAACAAACUGAGAGCCGGAGUCCAGAGCCAGUGGCUGUACUCUGGAAAGAGUAGUGGGAGCCCACGGACCUCCACCAAGGUCUGAGUUUGUGGGCAGUGAUGGGGCAGCUCUCGUGUUGGGACACGUUCAUCCAGUGCUGUAAGUGGCAUUGCCAUCCAAGGCCUCAUUUUCACACCACACUCAGCAUCUAAUUGCUGUCUGUUCUGGGUAAGGAGGAGGGGCUUGAUCAACUCCCCUUGCUUGGAAAGAGGCUGGUUUGUUUAUCCGAGCUGCGUCCAGCGAUGCGCUGAGCUGGGUCUUUGAAGGAGCUGGUGAUUUUCUUCUGGGGUUGGAGCCUUGCUGGGCUGUGAGUUCCACGUACCUUGGGAGAGCCUCCGGUGCGGACCACUUAUCUUUCCAUGACAAACAUGUCAGAUACUGUUACCAACCCCCUAAACCACUCAUAUCAAAGCCACACAUGCCAGAGAAGGCAUUGGCGGGAGGAGGUGGCUUUUCUGGUGCUAAGUAUGCGUAAUAAACAUUUUAUCUGUAUGCCACCAGGAUGAUCCCAGUGAACUCUCUCUUCCUAAGAACAGGACAAGCAUUUCCGGCCGUACCGGAACACAGUCUCUGUCCAUUGGUAGAGUGGAACACAGGGGAUUAAAGGCAUGGUCCAGCUCUGCAGAGAGGGUUUAAAGUUCGCCGUUGUAUUGGGAACAGCUCAUCUAGUGGCACACGAUCUGAGCUCAUGUUUCCCCGUCAGAUCUGCUCUUUGCAAUGUGAGAUUUGGUUUUUGCGACAUGUCAAGGUCCAGGAGGCUCAGGGCAGGGUUUUGAAAGCACCUACUGUGUGUGUUUCUUUGUGGGUUUUGAGAUUCCCUAGUGGCAGGCACACUGUCCUGUGCAUUUCAGAUAUAGUUUCUUGAUUAUAAAGUGUUCCGAGACAGGGUCUCACUACAUAGACCAACUAGGCCAGACUGGAACUCACUGAGAUCCUUCUUUCUCUGCUUCCCAAGAUCUAGGAUUAAUGUGGUAUUAUACACCUUUAAUAUUAGAAUUGGUGUGAUGUUUGAAUGACUGAUAUUUAAAUGUUACAGAAUGUUCGGGUUUGACCCAUCACACUACAGUAGAAAUAAUGAAGGCAUUGUGGUAUGAAGUGUUGACAUCUAAACCAGGUGGAGUGGCUCACCCCCAUAAGGCUGACAUUUCAGAGGCUGAGGCAGGAAGAUCCUCAAGUUCAAGGCCACCCUGUGGCCACAUUGUGACUUCCGAGCCAGCCAGAACUGUAUAACUACUGUAUAACAGCAUUGGAAACCAAAUAACAAAACCAACAACCUCCCACUAAGUGAUGGCCGUGUCCGCCGGGCCCUCUUGCUAUCCAUGUAAUCGUGAGGCUGCGUCGCUGGCUACAUACUGAUUCUAAGCUACCUCGUUGUCUCAUCAAACUCCGCCAAGGUCUCUUCGAGCUGGCAUUGCUUCCUGUGCUUAGCACCGACUUCUUGCUGAUUCAGAACUGUUCAUUCCCCGUACGCAUUCGUCACUGCUUUUCGUGUGUGUCUGUAGCUAAUAGCAUAACUGCAUCCGGAGAUUACAACACGCAGUGUGUCUGUCUGGGUCUGUGGCUUAGUCUCCUGUAAUCAUUACAGCAUUUCCACUUCUCUACCACAUUGGCUGUUGGAGCCGUUCGCUCUUACCUUUUCUGUAUUUCUUUCUGGUUUUUGGUUUGUUUUUGUUUUGAGACAGGGUCUCCCGACAUAGCCCUGACUGUUCUAGAGCUCGCUCACUGUAGAGACUAGGCUAACCACCAACUCAGAGAGAUUCGCCUGCCUCUGCUUCUUGGGGUGCUGGCACUAAAGGCCUGUGUCACCACAGUGGGCUCCUUUUUGUUUGUUUUGAGGGUAAUGUAGCCCAGGCUGGCCUUGAAUUCAGAGAUCCACCUGUCUCAGUCCCCCAAGUGCUGGCAUGGCCAAUGUGAACCAUCACAUCCAACUCUUUUCUGUCACUCUUUCUGGUCUUCUGGUGUCUAACCUGUGGGAUAACCCAUGCAGAGCAAGAGAGACAGCUGCCCACAGACUUCCUGUUUGCUCAGUGCCUCAGCUUCUCAAUAACAUCCAGAUGUUUCUCCUUUUGGCCUUGGCUAGGGUUUUUCUGUGUCUUCAGUUUAGUCUGUGGGUAUGAUGGUUGUUCUGUCAGCUUGACCUACAGACACCUAGCAUUAGUGAAACUCCCCUGUAUGUCUAAGGGGGACAGAUUCCAGAGGAUCGACACAAGGGACAGUGGCCGAGAAGGACGGUCCCAUACUGAAUAUGAGUGGCACCUUCCAGCCAGUGGCCCAGAUAAAGAGUUCUAGGAAAAGGCAGUGCUAUGGGUACCCGCCUUUACUGCUUCCUGAUUGGCUGGGGUUGUAGGUACCCGCCUUUGAUGCUUCCUGAUUGGCUGGAGUGACUGACUAUUUGCUGACAUCAGACUCUAGCUUCUUCAGAGGUCUAGUGUGGACUCAAAACCGCUGGCUCUCCAGGGAGUAGCUAGACUUUCGGCACCUCAGCGGGAGCGCUGAGGCUUCCAACUUCCCAGGAUGAGAAGCUUCUGGGUUCUCUGCGUCUUCAGCGCACAGACAGCCAUUGCUGGAUUCUUCAACCCUACUAUAUAAGUCAACCUAAUAAAUCCAUUUACUUACUUCUUUAUUUAUUUUAAGAUCACAUCUUAACCUAGCCCAGGCUGCGCAGUGUAAACUCAUUUGUAUGACUUUAAAAGGUUUUGCAAUUUGCAAUUGCUGGCUGUGGUGGCUCACACCUUUUAUCCCAGCACUUGGGACAUCGAAUUUCAGGCCAGCCUGGUCUACUUUGUGAGCUCUUGUCUCAAAAAAAAAAAAAAAAAAAGCGACAACAAAAAAUUACAACAUAAGGGCUGGAGAGAUGGCUCAGUGGUUAAGAGCACUGAUUGCUCUGCCAGAGGUCCUGAGUUCAAAUCCCAGGAACCGCAUGGUGGCUCACAACCAUCUGUAAUGAGAUCUGAUGCCCUCUUCUGGUGCGUCUAAAGACAGCUAUGAACGGUGUACUUAUAUAUAAUAAAUAAAUAAAUCUUUAAAAAAAUUACAACAUAAAGUCUUUACCUUAAGGAUUGGUAGAGGGUUGGAGCAAUGGCUCAGAGGUUAAGCAUUUGUUGCUCUUUCAGAGGACUGAGUUCGGGUCCCAGAACCCACAUUAGGUUCACAGCUGCCUCUUAAGUCUCUCUCCAGAGGAUGCACUUGCACUGCCCUCUUCUGGCUUUGGUGGGAACUUUCACAUUUAUCACACACACACACACACACACACACAGACACACACACACACACACACACACACACACACACACACACACACACACC